GGUCCUAACUUUUUUAAGUCAGUUACACAAAAAGGUAGAUCGGUCAAAUUUGAACUGGAAAAGUCAACUUUUGUUAACUGCUAGUUAGUCAAACUAGUUCUUAAGACACAGUCUUAAUUAACAUAGCGGCUAAGUUUAUGCAACUGGCCCCAAGACCAGAUGAUUUUUUAUGAUGUCCUAAUAAAACCAUAGAAUUCAAAAGUGUGUACUUUCUUUUUGUUUGUUUUUUUGUGUGGAGUUUUUGCUCUUUAAAUGUUUGUGCAGGGAUUGGUUGCUGCAGACAGAACGUCAUUGGCUGUGCCUGCGGCUGCUCCGUUUAAAAGGGCGGCGCUCUCGGAAGAUGGCGAGCUCAUUCUGGCGUUGGCCUGCUGGCGUGAGGAGCUCCGGAUUCCUUCUCCCGUCGGCAGAUCUUGAACCACUGUUCCUGUUUUUGUUUGAAGUUAUUUAAUUAAGUUUCUGUUUAUGCUUUAGGAGCGUAGGGGUGUCCUGCCAUUUAUUUUGACUUUGUUUGCGAUUUGUUUAUUUUAGGGAGUUAGGGAAGUUUUUUGAAAAAUGAAACUCUUAAUGAUCAUUUACUAAAUAAAUAAAUAAUGUAAGGUUACAACAUAUUGUAAACAAACCACAAGUUAGGCCUAAAUUAGACUUUAACCCUUCCCCGUGAAUCAUGGGAAGUGUUGUUUGCAUCUCUCCCUUUCUCAUGUAUUUUGCUGUCAUUGUUUUUGUAGCACAGCCAAAUCAAACAAAUGUUUCUUUUAUCAUGACUGUUAGACCCUUGCUCUGUCAAUAGAGAGGCAUUGCAAUUGUAGCCACAUAAAAACUAAGGAGAGAAAAAAACCCUCUCAUUUUAGUAAAAGUGCUAUUGACAUCUGCAUGUCUGCCAUGGCUGGAAAAGUUCUUAUAAUUUGCCUGCUGUGGGCAUGUGUGAGUGUUUGUGAAUGUGAGCCGGCCAUGUUUGGAGAGGUGUCUUCUCCACAGUAUCCUCAACCAUAUCCAGCAGAUACCUUGGAACAGUGGGACCUGGAGGUGCCGCAGGGGUAUCAGAUCCAGCUAACGUUCAAUCACCUGGACAUUGAGCCCUCUCCAAACUGUUACCAUGAUUCUCUCAUUGUUGUGUUUGAUAAGAAGGUUCUGCGGAAGUUUUGUGGCCAGAAUUCCACAGACAGGUUUCACCCUGGUGACAAGCCCAUCGUGGUGUCUGGUAACCGUCUCCGGCUCAUUUUUCUAACUGAUGAUUCAAACUCCAAAUCCCACAUGGGAUUUACUGCAUCCUACCAGGCUGUUGAUCCAAAGCCCCUGCUAAAUGGAGGCGUUCGGGUUAUCAACGGAUCAAACAAUGAGUAUCAUUCAGUCGUUGAGUAUUACUGCAAUGAGCCUUACUACACAUUUGAAGGAACUCGUAAUGUAAGAUACACCUGUGCUGAAGACCAGAAAUGGACAGCGGAUGACAGCAAAGACAAUAUUCCUCCUUGUGUUCCUGUGUGUGGAAUGAAUACAGAGGUCUCUUUUGGUGCCAGAGUCUUUGGUGGGAAUCCAGCCAGACCUGGGCAGAUUCCCUGGCAGCUCUUACAUGAUUCAUAUUCCAGCGGUGGUGCGUCUCUGAUCAGUGAUUACUGGGCUCUAACAGCUGCUCAUUUAGUAGAUAGUUAUGAAAACACCAGCAUGAAUUGGUUAGGGGGAAUAAUUGAUAGUAAAGACAAAAAAGCAGUCAUUAUGGAGAAAGAGAAGAUCAUAAUUCACCCAAAUUAUACUAGAGUUGGUGAAGGUAAAAAACUAAACAACUUUGAAAAUGACAUUGCACUGAUCAAAAUGUCUGCCAGGGUGCCACUCGGUCCAAACAUCAGGCCAGUGUGUCUGCCAAACAAAACACAUGAACCUGUAAUGGAGGGCACAAUGGGUACAAUAUCGGGUUUUGGAAAGUUUGAGCGGGGCUUAAGUAAAAUUUUACGUUAUGGGCAUGUUCAGGAAUAUCCUCCUGACAAGUGUAAUCCAGGGAAUGUGCCUGUCACUGAAAACAUGUUCUGUGCUGGAGAUGAUGUUAAAAGGGUUGAUAGUUGCGCAGGUGAUGGUGGAAGUCCUCUGUUCUUCCCCAUGUUGGGCUAUGGAUCUAAAGAGCAACCCUACGAGGUGAGGGGCAUUGUGUCAUGGGGUUCUUCUAAAUGUGGUAAUAAAUACUCUAAAAGUUUCUACACAAAAGUGCAGAACUACCUGGACUGGAUCAGAGAAACAAUGGCAAACAAUUGACAUGACAUGAGCUCUCUGUCAGUCAUUAUUCAGUACAGUUAUGCAUUAUUGUGAAAUAAAACAAGCAAUAAAAAAAUGAAACGUUUUUUAUACACA